AUGCUAUUAUUAAAUGUUGUAGAUAUAACUAGUUUCAAUACUACCUUUUUUUCUUGUUUUGUUUUUAUGAAAGGGGAAGAGAAGGAUGAUUAUAAAUGGGCUCUAACAAAUAUUAUAAGAAUAUUUGAUGAAGAGAAACUGAGCAUUAUUAUGACUGGCAAAGAACUAGCACUCAUGAAUGCUCUUGAAAUGAUCUUACCUAAUUCAACAAAUCUACUUUGUGUAUGGCACAUUAGCAAGAAUAUUUUAAAAAAUUAUAAACUACAGUUUCUAAAAGAAAUGGAAGAAGGCAGAACAACUGUAACAUCUCGUAUUGAGGGUUUACAUGCUACAUUAAAAGCAUACUUGCAGAUGUUUAAAGAAGACCUUCACCAUGUUUACAUAGCAAUAUCUUUAGUGGCAACCAACCAAAAAAAAAAACUCGAUACUAUGAUUGCAUCAAAAUGUAUUCGUAUCCUGGCCUUUGCUAUUAACAAUUCUUUGUAUAGAAAUAUUAAGGAAUGGCCAGAAUUCCAGCAAUUAGCUGUACAAGAUACAUUAAAAAGCAUUAUUGAUAAACUUUCAAUGGCCUUACAAAAUCCUGGUAUAGUCUGUACCAAAGGUCAUCCCUCUGGAGCUCCUAAUAACCAAAAAGUUAACUCAACUAAAAGAGAUCCUUCUGGCUUCGAAUUAGUAGAUCCCAAA